GAGAGAGACUUGAAAACACAAAAAGAGUUUUGCAAACACUUCCAGGGUCUGAGGAUCUCUCUGUUGCAUGGUACUGUCAUUAACAAAAAGCAGCAGCGGUGGGAGGUUGGGGAGCUCUUCUCGUCGUUGUGCAUGCAGUGAUGAGAGGGUCCCGACCACAGUGAGAGACCCCCAACACUCACUCACUGCUUUCUCUCUUCUCUCCCCUCCACUUCAACCUCUGAGUUACACUCAGCGCUCUCCUUUGGAUUAUCUAUUCUUCUUUUUAUGCUGAAGACGCCUGUGGAGGAUUGGGGGGGGGGAAAAAAGACUCUGCAAGGAGGAUUAACUUUGCAACUUUUUUUUUUUUCGUCUUCCUUUACUGAAGUUGAGAUUUUCUUCAGCUGGAAUAAUGUCUUUGCGUUGGAGUAGAAGCUCCUGGUUUCCAGUUGUGUUUGGUGCUGCGCUGGUGGUUCUAACCGCGGGUAACGCUGGACCGAACCAGGACAGGAAGCAGCCAAGAGCGUCCACAUGCUUUGGAGGCUUCGAUCUCUACUUUGUUUUGGACAAAUCUGGGAGUGUGCAGCAUCACUGGACAGAAAUCUACAACUUUGUUGAACAUCUGGCUCAUAAAUUCAUAAGUCCACAGUUGCGGAUGUCCUUCAUUGUGUUCUCCACUGAGGGAAGCAUCUUAAUGAGCCUGACAGAAGACAGGGAACGCAUUCGUAAAGGUCUGGAGGAGCUCCACGGGGUUCGUCCAGGGGGAGACACCUUCAUGCAUGAGGGCAUCCUGAGGGCCAGUGAGCAGAUAUACUACGGAAACACAGAAGGUUAUCGCACCGCCAGUGUUAUCAUCGCCCUGACAGACGGAGAGCUGCACGAGGAUCUUUUCUACUACGCUGAGCGGGAGGCCAACCGUUCCCGAAGCCUGGGUGCCUCGGUUUACUGCGUGGGCGUAAAGGACUUCAACGAGACGCAGCUGGCGAAGAUUGCUGACAGUAAGGACCACGUCUUCCCUGUGAAUGACGGAUUUGAGGCCUUGCAGGGAGUCAUCGACUCGAUCCUGAAGAAGUCCUGUAUCGAGAUCCUGGCAGCAGAGCCUUCUAGUAUCUGUGCAGGAGAGUCCUUCCAAGUGGUGGUGAGGGGCAACGGAUUUCUCCACGCCCGCAAUGUCGAGAAGGUCCUGUGCAGCUUCCGCAUCAACGACACCGUCACUAAGAUGGUGAAGCCUUUGAUUGUGGAAGAUACAUAUCUCCUCUGCCCUGCACCAGUUCUCCAAGAUGAGGGGAUGGCAGCGAACCUUUAUGUCAGUAUGAACGAAGGUCUCAGUUUCAUCUCCAGUUCGGUCACCAUCACCACUGUGGGCUGUUCUGAUGGGACCAUACUGGCCAUAGCUCUGCUCAUCCUGAUGCUGCUGCUGGUCUUGGCGCUCCUCUGGUGGUUCUGGCCUCUCUGCUGCACUGUGAUCAUCCAUGAACCCCCGCCACCAGCUGCGGACGAGAGUUCGGAUGAUGAAGACUUUGAAGCCCCUAAGAAGAAGUGGCCGACUGUAGACGCCUCCUACUACGGAGGAAGAGGAGUUGGGGGGAUCAAAAGGAUGGAGGUCCGCUGGGGUGAGAAAGGCUCCACCGAAGAAGGAGCAAAGCUGGAAAAGGCCAAAAACGCCAAAGUGAAGAUGCCUGAACAGGAGUAUGUGGAGGCCCCCAUGCGGGUUCUCAACAACGGCAUGCACAAACCCCUGGGGCCACGCAAGUGGUACUCCCCCAUCAAGAGCAAACUGGAUGCUUUGUGGGUACUUUUAAGAAAAGGCUACGACCGCGUGUCUGUGAUGAGACCUCAUCCCGGUGACAAGGGCAGGUGCAUGAACUUCACCCGCAUGAAGUCUCCAUCUACUCCCUACCCAGACUACAACCACCACCCAUCCCCCAUCUACAACCCCCCCAGCAGGAGUCCACCUCCGCCGCAGGGCACGCUCCCACCGAGCCCCCGAGGCCCUCCAUCCUCUCCGGCAUUCUCCUCCUCCGCUCUUCCACUGCUGCCUCCAACGCCUCCUCCCACGUCGGCCACUCCCUCCCCUCCCAUCACGCCUCCCCCUUAUACGCCACCUCCCACCCGGGCUCUUCCUCUGACCACGCUGCACAUACCCGAUCCUCCAGCGCUCCCGCCCAGCCCUCCGCCCUCCGCCUCCCCGACCGGCUCCCUGCCUCCUCUUCCACAGGGACCCCCCCCGGGGAGAGCCCCUCCGCCUGCCCGCCCGCCGCCUCGCCCCGGCCUGUAGAGCUCCGUGAGCGCACCAACUAUCAGCACAGGACCAUCUUGGAUUGUACCCACGAGUGCCUGCGAGCGCCUCGCGCCACUCUCAGUGGCAGACUUGUGAAGUGGAGCAGUGAGGACUCUGUUUUCAGCUAUUUGUCUACAGUGACUUUCGUACGCAUUUAGCAUCGACACUGCAAUCACUGACGCUUGAAUUACACAGACCAUUCUCUACAAAUGAGGUCGUGCUGGCCGGCUUAAAAAAAAA